UGAAACAACUGUACCAAAAGCCGAGAAUUAAAUACGAACUACGGCGGGGCGGGAUUUGGCGCAUUUGCGCUCUGCUACUGGUCGGACACGCGCUGGAUCACGGUUUUGGUUUGCGCUUUCAACUGUCUGUUAUGGGACAUUAAGCCGGCCCCGUACGGUUGCCAGGGCUCCCUUGCCGUGAUUGGCUGCGGGCGGGUGAAGUUACCCGCCCAGUAUGCUAAUGACAGCUCUUCAGUUGAGCAGAUGCUCCCCGGACGCUAUUGGCUGGCAGGGAGGCUCGCUGAGUGGCACAGACCUGGCCCCCUUUGUUAUACGGAUGAUUGUUACUGGAAUCUGAGAAUAAAGAAAGCUCAUAUGGGAUAAGCGACCACAUUGACUUUGAUGCACAAAGGCCUGACGAAGGUGACGUGAGAUGUGUAACAGUGCUGGUUGUGGGCGCUGGGAGUCGAGGAAUGGGCUACACUUAUUUUGCCACAAAUUUUCCCAAAGCGAUGAAGAUUGUUGGGGUUGCUGAUCCUCAAUCUUGCAAUAAAGAAAAACUUAAGUUGCAUCAUGAUAUAGAAGAAGACAAAUGUUUUGAUGAUUGGAGAGAAGCUGCUGAGCAGGAAAAAUUUGCAGACGCCGUGAUAAUCGCAACCCCGGACAGACUGCAUAAGGACCCUGCAAUAGCUUUUGCAAGGAAGGGCUAUCAUAUUCUGCUGGAAAAACCCAUGGCUGUGACAGAAGAAGACUGUAGUGAAAUUAUCCGUGCUUGUAAAGAGAGUGGCAUUAUACUGGCGGUGGGACAUGUCUUGCGUUAUCAUCCUGCUUCAAAGCUAGUGAAGGAACUGUUGGAUUCUGGCGUUAUUGGAGAUAUUGUGCACAUUCAACACAUGGAGCCUGUUGGGCAUUGGCACUUUGCUCACUCGUUUGUGCGAGGGAACUGGAGGAAUGAGGAGGAGAGCACGUUCUCCCUGCUGGCAAAGUCCUGCCAUGACAUUGACCUGAUCUGUUACUGGAUGGGGAAGCAGAGAUGUGUCAAGGUGUCAUCAUUCGGAACACUGUCCCACUUUACUAAGGAGAACAAGCCCAAAGAUGCCAGCAGCCGCUGCUUAGACUGCGCUGUGGAGGAAGCCUGUCCGUAUUCAGCGCAGAAGGUAUAUCUGAGGAACGCUCAUCAGGGAAAUUUCGGCUGGCCGACAUCUGUUGUAUGUAGCAAUGGGGUAUAUGAUAUUGAAUCCCUGACUGAAGCUUUAAGGACGGGUCCUUAUGGAAGAUGCGUCUAUGAGUGCGACAAUGAUGUGGUCACCAACCAGGUUGUGAAUAUGGAGUUUGAAGGGGGACAGACAGCUGCAUUUACAAUGAUUGCGUUUACACAUGCCCUUGGUGUAAGAAGUACCACCAUUUAUGGGUCUAAGGGAGAAUUGCGCUGUCGCGGAGGUGGUCCUAUUGAAGUUUAUGAGUUUGCUACAAGAAAAGAAACCUCUCAUCCAGCAAAGAAAAAAGCAUUUAUCCCACCACAGCUGGGUGGUCACAGCGGUGCGGACUACUACCUCAUCAGCAGUUUCAUUUCUGCAGUUGCGAAUAAUGAUCCAUCACUGGUGAAGACUGGCCCAGAUGAGACUCUGCGAAGUCACCUGCUGGUGUUCCAGGCUGAGAAAUCCAGGAGAGAUGGCUCGGUGGUGCACAUCGGCAGCGAUGGACAAUAAGUGCCUGAAACAUUUCAUUUUCUACCAGACGUGUCCUUUUAAACACGGGAAAUUUUCUGUACUUUGCACGUCAAUGAUUUUAGUGAUUAUUUUAUUUUUAUUUUUAAAUCCUGUCUGUGGACUUUAGACUGGAUUCAUAUAUUAAUAUGACCAUUUAGAAGGAAUAAUAAAUGUGAAAUGCAUGUUUUAUAUAGCUAUCACUUCACCAUCAAGACUUUCGCUCUUAUCGGGGUUCCUGUCGUGGCAAGAGAGCUUUGAUAAAUACGCUUGAAAUACAUUCCUGUCUCUCACCGCAAAUAGGAUAGUCUCUGUGUCAUCUCUAAAUUAAUAAAUAAGCCCCUUUCAGGAAACCGAAA